AUGGUUUCUUCAGGCAGUGUCUUCUCUGCCACUCUACAGGAGAUCACCAACACCAAGCUUGAUGAACUCUCCAAGAGACGUUCUCGCUUUGAGGAAGCAAAGUCUUCCAUACUUGCCUCUAUCCAGACCGAGGAUGAUGCCGUCAAGCGUGUCAUCACCUUGAGUGAUGGCGUCAAGAAGUGCUUCGACAUCAAGCUCGACAAGACCGGCAAGGUCAUGACCGAGCAGACGGGGCAUGGAGCACUGGAGAUUGAGCUCAAGAACCUCGAUCGCUUUCUCGACCAAGCGAAAUGUGACCCGUCAGUCUCCUCAAAGAUGUUGGAUGCCUGGCAGAAGUCCCUCCUUCGUCACUUGGACAUGCAGUCCCUUCAAUUUCAGUACGCUGCUUUAUACGCACAGCUUGUCACUGAGUGGCUGUCGGGUGAUAAAGAAGAGGAGGGUGCUGGUGAUGAUGUCGAGAUGGGUGAACCCUUUGAGGAUGUUGGUAGCGCCGCCAAAUUGGAGUCUAGGAUGAAAUGGGAGGGCGUGGCGUUUGAGGCUGCUGAUGUUGACGAGACUGCACUGAAGCAGUACCUGGAUCACCUUUUUGGCGUUGACAACAAACACAAAAAAUACGUUGCCAGCGCCCUGAAGAAACUCCGCAGGGCUGUGUAUGCGUUCGAGGCGCAGUUGUCGACCCCCAACCAGUUCAGCGUGCAGACCUUGGGAUGGGUCAUCAGAGGACUCCUGUCGUCUGAUCUUCUCUCCGACGAGAAGCGAGAGGUUCUCAGAGACUUUCAGGGCAACCAUGUCAUCCUCAAGGAGAUUGCUGAUGUCCUUGAUAUGCGCAUCAGUGCCCUGGGUUCGUGGAACUGGAGCUCUGACGCGGUUCCACUCGAGAUGAGACGAAAGAUCAGCGGUGUUUACAACGUCCACCUUCAGGAGGAUCUUCUCAACGCCAUUUUCCUCCAGUACAUCGGUGUCAAGUGGAGUGUCUUUUUCAAAGGUGUCUUUCAGGACUUUCGUGACUGCGAGGAUGCCUGGAAGUCUACGCGUGCCGAUAUCCCCAAGAUCGACAAACGGAGACUCGGUUACUACCUCGGACCUCUGUCGGAUUCUCCCUCACUGCAGUCUGCCAGGACCAAGAUUUACAACUCCAAGUUCUUCAUGACUCAGCUCAUGGAUAACUUGGAGCAGGGUACGGAGGACGACGACGAUGAUGAGGAUGAGGAUGACAGUUAUGAUGAUGAUGAGGACGAUGAGGACGACGAGCCACUGGGAGAGAGAAACCCAAUGACUCUCAAGCAAGAUCUCUUGCAUCUGUUGUCGACGGAGAUCAACAUCAACACCCAGCUGUACGGUGAGCUGACAGCCUUUCAUUCCGUCUUUGACAACUGGAACUCCCUCCUUCCGCACCAGACCGUGUGCACCAUCCUCGAGUACUUUGGUGUGUCCGAGAAGUGGCUUGGCUUCUUCAAAAGAUUCCUCGAAGCUCCUCUGAAGUUUGUCGAUGACGAGAAUGCAACCCCACGCCAGCGACGCCGAGGAGCACCGACUUCGCAUGUGCUCAGCGAUGUCUUUGGCGAGACGGUUCUGUUCUGUCUUGACUUUGCUGUCAACCAGUCUACUUCUGGAAACAGACUCUGGAGGGUCAAAGACGACGUUUGGUUCUGGACCCAUGAUCACAAGAUGGCCGUCAAGACAUGGGAAGUCCUGGACGAGUUCAAGACCAUCACGAGCACAGAGAUCAACACUAAAAAGAGCGGUACCAUCCGAGUUGCCAAGGACCGUGAUAUGACGCUUUCCAUCGAUGAGUCCCUCCCCGAAGGCGAGAUUCGCUGGGGCUUCCUCCGUCUCUCGCCGCAGACUGGAAGGUUCGAGAUUGACCAGAAGAUGGUGGACUCGCACAUUGAUGAGCUUCAUAAGCAGCUUCACGAUAAGCGCAAGAGCAUCCUCGCCUUCAUCCAGACUUGGAACUCGUACGCUGCCACGUUUUUCACGUCAAACUUUGGCAAGGCAGCGAACUGCUUCGGCCAAGAGCACGUGGACAACAUGCUCUCUACUCAUGAGCGCAUCCAGCGGCAGGUCUUUUCUAAGCUGUCGGGAGACGGCGAGGAAAAGGUGACCAGUGUUGCUGAGUAUCUGAAGAAGGAGAUGAGCCGACGCUUCGGCAUCGAAAACAUUCCUGACGGGUUCCUCUACUUCCCUGUCGACCUCGGAGGUCUGGACCUACAGUCCCCAUUCGUUUCACUCCUACAGAUCCGCGAACAGGUGUACAAGUCUCCCUUGGAACCCAUCAUCGCCUUUGAAGAAGCAGAAGUCGAAUCCUACAAACGUGCCGAGAAAGCCUUCCUCAACGGAAGCAUCAACAACGAACGCUACUCCCUCGACGACCCAGACUGGAAACCAAAGUCCGAACACGACCAAGAGAACUUUAUGCCGUUCGACGAGUACAUCCGCUACAGAGAAGACUUUGAGUUCAACCACUACCGCAGGAGCCAGAAGCUGCGUAGCGUGUUCCGUCGGUUGAUGACGCGUCCCGAGGAGAAGAGCAUAGACAAGGAUGACGGAAAGGUGUGCUUGGCUCUUGAUAAUGUCAGUAGCAUGUCCAAGAUUCGUAGCUGGCAUGGUAUGGAGCCGUAUUGGAGGUGGGUGGCCAUGGUGUACGGGCCAGAGAUUGUUGACCGCUUUGGGGAGCUGAACAUUGUCGAUUCGGGGCUUUUGCCCAUGGGCAUGGUCAGUGUGUUUAGGAACAAGCGUGUCAAGUGGUAG